AUGGGCUCGACUGUUAUAGAUAUUCCAGAUGGAGAAGGGGUUGUCCCUGGCUCUAAAGAAAAGAAGAAGAAAGUUGGUGACAUUUGCUGUCAAUUCCCCAUUGAUUUGUUUUUUAAAGAAAUGAAAAGUAAUAAGCAUAUGACGAGAAAAGUGAUUCAUAGUAUCAAGGUUGGUGUUGCUUUAGUUUUCGUUUCACUGCUCUAUCUACUUGAUCCUCUGUACAAGCAAGUUGGAGAAAAUGCCAUGUGGGCCAUUAUGACUGUCGUGGUUGUCUUCGAGUUCUUUGCAGGCGCUACACUAAGCAAGGGCAUAAAUCGAGGAAUUGGGACAGUAUUAGGAGGUGGACUGGGGUGUUUAGCGGCAAUUUUCGCCCAAGCAGUGGGUGGGGUUGGCAAAGCUAUAAUUGUCGGCAUUACUGUCUUCAUAUUUGGUGCGGCCGCAACAUACACUCGACAGGUUCCAAACGUUAAAAAGAAAUUCGAUUACGGAGCAAUGAUAUUCAUUCUCACGUUUAGCCUGGUUGUAGUGUCGGGUUUACGUGCUGAACAAGUGUUGGAAAUAGCCCGUGACCGUCUUUCCACAAUUGCCAUGGGCUUCGCUAUCUGCCUCUUUAUAAGUUUGCUCGUCUUCCCCAUUUGGGCUAGUGAUGAACUCCAUGACUCUUUAGUCGCCCGCUUCGAAGACCUUGCUGUCUCUCUCGAAGGGUUCUCCGAGGAGUACUUUGAAAAUGUCAAUGAGAAGGAGAAGUCUAGUUUUAAUUUCAGUAGUAAAUGCAAAUCAGUCCUGCAUUCCAAGACAAAGGAUGAAUCAUUGGUAAAUUUUGCAAGCUGGGAACCCUGGCAUGCAAAAUUUGGGUUUUGCUACCCUUGGGGAAUAUACCUAAAAUUAGGGGAAGAUUUAAGAGAUUUGGCUACAACUAUCCUUUCACUCAAAGGCUGCCUUAAAUCACCUACACAGCCAUCAGAAAGUAAUACCUGUCGUCAGCCGGUGAAGGAACCAUGUGAAGCAAUUGUAGCAUCACUAGCAUGGACACUAAGAGAACUGGGAGAAAGCAUAAAAAAGAUGAAAAAAUGUGGAUCCGAGGAUACCAUAGUACCCAAAUUGAAGACAGUGAGACAAGAACUAAGCCAAAUUCCGGGUCCUUCCACAUUGGGAACUAAUAAUUUGGAGAGAACUGAUGGGUUAGGAUUGGCUACCUUCAUGUAUUCGAUGGUGGAGAUGGUUGAAAAGAUGGAAGAAUUGGCAAAACAUGUGGAACAACUUGGACAACGUGGAGGUUUCAGUUAGAUUAAACUAUUUCAAGGUAUGUGCAUAUGUAUUGAUUGUACUGUACAUAUAAAUAGGUAUAUUACUCGUUGGCCGGCU